GAGACACCAGGAAGUUUGCUCUCCUUCUGUCUCCACCAUAUAAGCACACAGUGAAAAGGCAGUCAUCUGAAAGCCAGAAAGAAUUCUCACCAGAAACCAGCCAUGCUGGCACCCUGAUCUUGGACUUCUCAGCCUCCAGAACUGUAAGGAAAUAAAUUUCUGCUGUUUAUACCUCCAAGUCCAUGGUAUUUUGUUAUGACAGCCUGAGCAGACUGACAGCCUCAUGAUUUUUGGUUCAAAGUAAGAUGUGUUCUACAAGAUAAUAGACACUGAGUAUACAUCUUUCAUGCUUAGAGGGUGCCUGUCCUUGCUGGUGACCGUCCAGCACACGGAGCGCUAUGUCACCCUGUUUGCCUCUGUCGUCCUCAAAUGUGACUACACCACCUCCGCCCAGCUCCAGGAUGUGGUAGUGACGUGGCGCUUCAAGUCCUUCUGCAAAGACCCUAUCUUUGACUACUACUCUGCAUCUUACCAGGCAGCUUUAUCCCUGGGCCAGGACCCCUCCAAUGACUGCAAUGACAGCCAGCGGGAGGUUCGCAUCGUGGCUCAGAGGCGGGGGCAGAACGAGCCCGUGCUGGGGGUGGAUUACCGGCAGCGCAAGAUCACCAUCCAGAACCGAGCAGACCUUGUGAUUAAUGAAGUGAUGUGGUGGGACCAUGGAGUGUAUUAUUGCACCAUUGAGGCUCCAGGGGACACAUCAGGAGACCCAGAUAAGGAGGUGAAGCUCAUUGUUCUGCACUGGCUGACAGUGAUCUUCAUCAUUCUGGGAGCCCUCCUCCUGCUCCUGCUGAUUGGAGUGUGCUGGUGCCAGUGCUGUCCUCAGUAUUGCUGCUGCUACAUCCGCUGCCCCUGCUGUCCUGCCCGUUGCUGCUGCCCCGAGGAAGCCCUGGCUCGCCACCGGUACAUGAAGCAGGCUCAGGCCCUAGGCCCUCAGAUGAUGGAAAAACCCCUAUACUGGGGGGCGGACAGGAGCUCCCAGGUUUCAUCUUAUCCAAUGAACCCGCUGCUGCAGCGAGAUUUGUCCCUGCGAUCCAGCCUCCCACAGAUGCCAAUGAGCCAGACCACUGCUCACCCUCCCAUCACCAAUGGUGUCCUAGAGUAUUUGGAGAAAGAGCUGCGGAACCUCAACCCAGCCCAGCCUCUGCCCCCUGACCUCAAAGCCAUAUCUGGCCAAGCCUGCAGCAUGCUGUCCUCCCUGGGCUCUGAGGUUGUGGAACGCAGAAUCAUCCACCUGCCUCCACUGAUCAGAGACCUGCCGUCCUCCCAGAGGACCAGCAACCCCUCCCACCAACAGUGGCUCACUCCAAUUCCCCCUGGACCCUGGGAUCUGAGGGAGGAGAGAAGGCAGCCCCACUACUCUGCUUUUCACCAGGAGCUCCAGGACGGGGAGCCUAAGCGCCGGGCAUUGGAAGGACGGGAGCUGAACCAACUUCGGAGGGGAAGGCGCCACUGCUCUGGGCUGCGUGGGUUACCCACGCCCUGGUCAGACAGGGACAGCCUCAGUGACGGCCCCUCGUCCAGUGAGGCCCGCUGGUGGCCCAACCACGUAUCUGCUCGGAGCCACUACUCAGGCCGACCUCACAGGCCUGGCCCCCGGGAGAAUGCCCAGAGGCCCCGGAGGCGCAGGCCCCGCAGCUACUCCCCGCCCUUGCCUUCCGGCCUCAGUUCCUGGAGCUCUGAGGAGGAUGAGAAGGAGAGGCAGUCCCGGAGCUGGAAAACCCACCGCCGCAGCUCACACCCCUCACACUGGCCUGAGGAGAAGCCACCCAGCUACCGCUCGCUGGAUGUCAUGCCAGGCAAGAAUGGCAGGAAAAAAGGGAGUGUGGAGAGGCGCUCGUUCAAUUAUGUGGUUUCUUGUAAGUGGGAGAAGGGAAAAAGGAACAUUAAUUAAGUUCCAGACACUGGGGAAAGAGACAGCUCCCAUAGUGGAAGGAGUGUGGUCAUUUAGUCACCCGGCACAGCACUACUUUGGCUACUUCUCAGCUCCGCAAGUCAUCAGCAUCACCUAGAUGUCCAGCUGACUUGGGACGGACUCUACCAAUCCGUUUCUAACAGUUCUGGCUUAGAUUCUGAGGAUAAAACAGAAGAAUAUUAAAAACAAGAGUUUGAGGGGUG